AUUAGAUUCACACAUGUUUGGCUAUCUAGUUCAUGACAUAUAUUACAGCUCUAAACUCUGUCGCUUAAUAGUUAUCUAAACGCUUUUACGGAUGUAUAGCAUGAAAAAUGCAGUUACGCGGAGUGGGAGUUUGUUUUGUUGUAAUUUUUGGAUUUUCAGUUUUAUGUGAGACCCCUGAGGAAAUCAAGCUCCAGAGAGCGUUGCUUGUAAGAAAGCAUUUGAAGAGGUUAAAAAAAGUAGACGGUGGUAUUAAGCUGGUUGGCGGUAGAGGAGAAUUCGAAGGAAAUGUGGAAAUUCUCCAUGACGGUUCCUGGGGAGCGAUAUGUGACGACGAAUGGGAUGUUACCGAAGCGAAAAUUAUAUGCAAACAACUCGGUUACACAGGUGCAAAUGCUUUGCCGACAGCAAAUUCAUAUUUCGGACCAGCAAGAAGAAGAUUUUGGAUGGACAAUAUUUAUUGCAAUGGGGGUGAAACUGAAAUAUCCAACUGUAGAUUUGAUGGUUGGGGACAACAUGACUGUGCUUCAUCUGAAGCAGCGGGUGUAAUAUGUGAAAAACCAGAAGCCGUUUUAAAAAGGCAAACUCCAAGGCAUGCACGUGAGAUGUCACGUCUUCCAAGAGAUAUGAAGAUAAGAUUAGCAAAUGGCAGAGUUAGGACCGAAGGCAGGGUCGAAAUUCAAAUUGGAAAUGGAGAUUGGGAAGUAAUUUGUGGAGAUGGAUGGUCCUUAUUGGAGGCUUUGGUGGUCUGUAAAACAUUAAAUAUGGGAUAUGCAAGUGAUGCCAUGCAAACUGAUUUCUUUGGGGGAAACUUGACAAAAAAUAGUAUUGGCGGUGUUAAAUGUAUCGGAAAUGAAAUUUCCAUUUCACAGUGUAUGCAUGAUAAAUUCGCAACAGGGCGAUGCGAAAGCGCUGAUGUGGCCGCGGUUUCUUGUACAAAUAUUCUAGCUGAUCUUUCAAUUGACCACUACGAGCUUAUGAGAACAGCUCACCUAGAAGAUCGACAAAUGUUUUACUUACAAUGUGCGAUGGAGGAGAACUGUGUAGCGUCCACAGCUUACGAAAUUCAGAAAGAAAAUCCUGCAUGGCAUCUGGAAAGUAGAAGAUUAUUAAAAUUUACCGCAAAGAUUUUUAAUGCCGGUAAUGCAGAUUUUAGACCUGCUAUUCCAAAACACUUAUGGGAAUGGCAUAUGUGUCAUAUGCAUUAUCACAGUAUGGAAGUUUUUGCCACAUUCGAUAUCUACGACAGUAAAGGAAAAAGAGUAGCAGAAGGUCACAAAGCAUCAUUUUGUUUGGAAGAUAAUCAAUGUUUACCAGGAAUAAAACAGAAAUAUGCUUGUGCCAACUAUGGAGAUCAGGGCAUAUCAGUGAAUUGUUCUGAUAUUUACAAGUACACAGUGGACUGCCAGUGGGUAGACAUUUCUGACUUGAAACCAGGAUUAUACAAAAUGAAAGUUGCUGUUAAUCCAGAGUUUAAAGUAGCAGAGAUGACUUUUGAAAAUAAUGCUGCUGUUUGCGAUUUUUAUUAUUCUGAGUAUUAUGGAAGUGUAACUAACUGUAAAGUUCAGAGACCUUAGAAUCCUAUAUUAAAUACCUUCUACGAAGGUUAGAUUUAAAAAUAGUAAAAUGUUAAAUACACUAGGCUAUUACUAAAUAUUGUAACAAAAUUAUUUAUUAUUGUACCAUACAUAA